GCAGCCAAAGUGGCAGUUCGCCGCUUGGACAGUUGGCUGGUGAGCGAGGAUGGCCGCGCUGAGAUGUCCGCAGCAGAGGCCGAGGCCUUCAACUCGGGAGAGCCCAUCUUGCACGUCCAUGACCAGGUGCGGCUGGAGGGCCUCGUGAAGAACAAAGGCACCAAUGGCGCGCAGGGGGUGUUGCAGGCCUACGGCGCGGACAGCCACCGCUGGAAGGUGGAGCUGCAUGAUGGACAGGUCUUUUGGAUCCGCCCCAAGUUGCUGAAGCCCUUGCAACUGCGCC